AUUUUAUUUCAACACUUCACAUAUAAAUUGCUAAGAUACUUUCGUCAUGAAUUUGGAGUUCUUCACCGAGGGCCUCGACUGCCUAAUGUACUGCGGCAUGAAGCUGUCGCCGGAGCAGCGCAUCUUGAUUGAAAACUCGCUGAUCGCUUUACAAAAUGACAAUCGUUUUACGGGCAUGUAUCUUUGGGGUCGCAUUACGGCCACCAAGAACGAUUACUACAUUGCCUUUGGCUACACUAAUGACUGUCUCAAGGAUCGCAAGUAUUUCUACAGUCUGGACCAGUUCCAAUGGCAGUUGCUGCCGUUCGUACAGAGCCCCAAGAUAUUUCAGGCGACUAUAUUGGCAAGGGAGCCAUUUAUAGGAGAUCCCAGCCUGAUGACCUACGUUAAGCUGGACCCCACUUUUGACAUCGUAGGCAAUCAGGUGGCUGGUAUCAGCCGCCCUGAAGUGGUCAAGCUUAAGGAGGAGGAACGGCUGGCAGCCAUUGUGUUUAUUAUAACAGAGGAGUGUGCCAUUUGCCCACGCGGAGCCUUUUACAAGAUGACCGAUGGUCGUGUUAUACCCAACCAGAUGUUUCGUGGACUGAAUGACUUGCAGAUCGACAACCAAUCAUAUUACCAGCUCUAUCGCCUGCCCCGCAAUGAUCUCAAAGUCAAUUUGGCCAAGAGGAGCGACUAUAACUAUGCUAUUGACUUUCUGGACACCAUUGACUGCGUAAUACCACUGUGUCAGGCUUUUGCCCUGAAUAUGCAACGGAACGAGGGUUUGGUAAUAAUCAAGUCGUGCCUUUGGUUGGGCAUGACAUUCUUUCACAAAAUCAACUCCCACAAGCAUGGUUUCCUUUACUUGGGCGAUGGCAAGAAGAACUUUGACUUGCUUUUCAUGUAUUAAGGUUGCUUUUGCAUAAAUAUGUUUUUUUUUUGAGCAU